CAUGACACCAAUGCCCUAAAUAUUUUAAAUCAAUAACUUUUUAUUUAUUAAAUAAAAUAAAUGAUUAAAAGCAAUUCAUAAAAAUGAUUCAGGUUAAUUUGCUUUUUGAUUAUAUCACAUCAAUAUUAACAAAACAACCUUUAGAGUUUGAUCACAAAAAAAGUAUGUAUAUUAAUGUAUUAAGUGAGCUUAGAUCAUUAGAAAAAUACCAUAAAUCGAUUUUGGAUUUCAAAGAACGAAAAAUUAAAACAGAAAUGGUGUACAAAUAUUUAAGAACUGAUAAAGAAAAAUCAGACAAUAAUUUUAUAUAUUUCAAAGAGGCAUUAAACUCUCAACCAGUAAAAUCAAUGAAACUAAAACUAAAAAAAAAUAAAGCUAUGAUUGAAUCAAAACAAAAAAUAUUAAAUAUAUUAAACACAACACAUUUAUUUCAGAGGCUAUCAAAGAGAAAAAUCAAAGCAGAAAUUGAACAAACUAGACUUCUGUUCCUUGAAGUUAAAAAUGCAUUAGAUACAUCAUUAAACGUACAAAAUAAAUUACAUUCACAAAAUACUAUAAAUAAGACAAAAAUUGUAGAAAUAUUGGUACAAAUAAAUUCAAUUGAAAGUCAAAUAAAAAAACGAGUUACCGAUUUUAAGUUAAUCGUUAAUGAACUAGAUACAAGUAUUAAGGAAGUUUCAAAAGAAAUUCUUUCAGAUUUUGAAUUUAAAAAUAAUGAAAAAGAAUAUAUGAAACAAAAUAUAAGUAAGGAUAUAAUAAACCCAGAAAUUAGUAAUUUUAAUAUGUAUAAAGAAGUAAGGAAAAUUAUUGAUUCUCUUAAACAAACGAACGUAUUUAAACCGUUAAACUUGCUUACACAUAGUAAAAGUUUAUUGUAUGAUGUUGAUUGGGCUGAUUUUCUAAUAACUCAUAAUCUUGCGAAUGAAACAAUUCUUAUGGAUUUACAACAGAACUAUAAUACAGUGACUUCUUUAAAUACGUUAAUGAAGAAUAUACAUUUUAUGGAACAAGAUAUUAUUACAAAUUUAAAAAAUGCUACUUGCUUUAUUAAUAAUGUCCGAUCAAACCGAGAUGUAAGCACACAAGUUUUAAAAAAGUUAAACGAUGAAUUAUUUGAUUCGAAAAAAAAGAAUAAGCUCAUGAUGAAUGGUUAUCAAAAUAGUGAUGACUUAGAAGUUAAAUGUAUUAAAUAUAUUCAUCAUUUAGAAAAUACGAUUCACAAGUCCAAUACUCAAUUGAUCGUAACAACUAAAAAUAUCGAAAAGUUAUAUAAUGAUUUACAAUGCUUAGAUGUAUUAUUCCAAACAACUAAAAAAAAGUACACCGAUGAUCAACUGAUGAGUGGUUCAUAUCUAGAAGAGUUACAGAACGACAGAAAAUCUAGUAAGGUGACAUUAUUGUAUGAAAAGCUAAAAAAAAUUCAGGACAGACAUAAUGAAUUACUAACAAAGCGAAAAGAAAUCAUCGUGGAUGAAAUUAAAAAAAAAACAACAACUUCUGAAAUAAUAGUUAAAAAAAAGUCUAAUGAUAUUAUUGGCUCUAGAAAUUUAAUCGUAUCUUAUGAAAAUAACAUAAAAACAUAUAAAAUUAUACUAGAAUUUGCGGACAUCAAUGUAUCUAUAGAAAAAGCUAUUAAAGUUCAUCAAAAUAUUUUUGGAAAAUUAGAACAGUUGGAAAAUGAAGAAAUGGAACUUACAAACUCCAUUAAUAUGUAUGACAAUGAAAUCGACGAAUUAAAUAAAGAAACUGAACUUAUAGAAACUAAUUCAAAACGUGAAGAAUUAAAUAUAAAGUCUCAAAUAGAUAAUUUGAAUAAAAAAUGUCAACAAAUAACCAGCGCUAACGAACGCUUAGAAAUGGAAUUGAAAAAAUAUAAAAUAUAAUAAUAUCUUG